CCCUAGCAUUUAGAAGUGAGCAGAAAAGAUUUUUUUCUUCUACUCCAGGCAGAAUAAUAUUCUGUUGAAAAUAUUCAGAGCCCCUGCGCUCAUUCACAUCUCAUUCGCAAGCUAUUUAACAUCUCCUGUUAUCCCUAACAAUACCAGGCAGGACCAAGAGCAAGGUGCUCACUAAAGAUUUCACUCUUUUCAUUCAUUCAUGUUUCCUCUGUUUACUUAAGCCAGUGAUACUGUUGAAGGAAUAAAACAAACAAAACAAAACAAAAAGAAGAAAAGGGAAAAAAAAAAGGGGGGGGGGGGGGGAAUGACAACUCGGGGGGGAGGGUCAAACAGAAAGGAAAAAAAUAAGGAAAAAAAGGAGUAAAUUUACAGGAAUGAGAAGAUAUUUUAGAAAGGGGGGAGGGAAAGAACCACGAGUAGUGAUACUUGAAGAGAGGUGUGUGUUAGGGGAGCAAUGAGCAUAAGGAAGCCAGCCUGCCUGUUCCUCCCCCUUCCUAAUCAUAGCCUUUACUCACAGACAAAACUCCCUCCCUCUCUCAUUCACUCACUCACUUUAGGCCAAUCCGUCCUCUCUCUCUCUCUCUCCCUCUCUCUGUGUCUCUCUCCUACUCUGAGACAGAGUCAGAACUCUUCUCCCUGACAGCCACAAACAUCUACAGCACUUAUUGCAUUCAGAAAGGGAACCUGCAAACAAAACUUCACAGAAAACUUUUGGUUCUUGUUCCAGAGAAUUUGCUGAAGAGAAGGAAAAACAAACAAACAAACAAACUAAACCAGCCCCCAAAAAAACUGUUCGUGAAGGGGGAGGAAAAGCAGGGCCUUUUAAAAAGGGAAUCACAACAACUUUUGCUGCCAGGAUGCCUUUGCUUUGGAAGAGAGGAUUUCUGUUGGUGCUUUGCUGGAUUAUAGUAAGGAGUUCCCCAACCCCAGGAUCCGAGGGGCACAGUUCAGUCACUGACUGUCCAUCAUGUGCCCUCGCCACGCUCUCAAAGGAUGUGCCCAGCUCACAGCCUGAGAUGGUGGAAGCAGUAAAGAAGCACAUACUGAACAUGUUGCACUUGAGGGACAGACCUAAUAUCACCCAGCCAGUGCCCAAGGCAGCACUUUUAAAUGCCAUCAAAAAACUCCACGUGGGAAAGGUGGGAGAGGAUGGUUAUGUGGAAAUAGAGGAUGAUGUUGGAAGAAGAGCUGAAAUGAAUGAAGUUGUGGAGCAAACCUCAGAAAUCAUCACUUUUGCAGAAUCAGGCACAGCCAAGAAAAUGUUGCACUUUGAGAUUUCCAAGGAAGGCAGUGAAUUAUCAGUGGUGGAGCAUGCUGAAGUGUGGCUCUUCCUGAAGGUCUCCAAGGCCAACCGGAGCAGGACAAAAGUCACCAUCCGCCUGUUUCAACAGCAGCGGCAGUCAAAAGGCAAUUCUGAAGGAGUAGAGGAUACAGAGGAUGGGGACCUGAAAAGUGAAAAGAGUGAGACUUUGAUUUCAGAAAAGGCAGUGGACACCCGUAAGAGCACUUGGCACAUCUUCCCUGUCUCCAGCAGUGUCCAGAGACUCCUGGACCAAGGCAAGAGCUCUUUGGAUGUGCGGAUUGCCUGUGACCUGUGUCAAGAGACUGGAGCCAACCUUGUGCUACUGGGCAAGAAGAAGAAAAAGGAAGAUGAUGGGGAAGGGAAAGAAAAGGAAGCUGGAGAAUUCACAGGAGAAGAGGAGAAGGAGCAAUCACAUCGGCCCUUCUUGAUGAUGCUUGCCCGGCACUCGGAGGAUCGCCAGCACCGGCGGCGGAGACGAGGCCUGGAGUGUGAUGGCAAAGUCAACAUCUGCUGCAAGAAACAGUUCUUUGUCAGCUUCAAGGACAUAGGAUGGAGUGACUGGAUCAUUGCUCCUACAGGUUAUCAUGCCAACUACUGUGAAGGAGAGUGUCCCAGCCAUAUAGCAGGCACAUCUGGUUCAUCAUUAUCUUUCCACUCCACUGUCAUCAACCACUACCGCAUGCGGGGCCAUAGCCCUUUUGCCAACCUCAAAUCAUGUUGUGUGCCCACCAAGCUCCGGCCUAUGUCCAUGCUCUACUAUGAUGAUGGCCAGAACAUCAUUAAGAAGGACAUACAGAAUAUGAUUGUGGAGGAGUGUGGCUGUUCGUAGACACUGGUGUGCACAAGACCCUUCUUGUUAUGAAAAAAAUGUAUCAAAAGCCCAAGAAAAGGAAAGACCAGACAUGGUGUAAUCUUUUUUGAGUGAAAAAAUCAUCAGAAAUAUAAACAAAACCAGAAGAGAGCAAGAAAAGGGAGAGAGAGAAAAAGAAAAAAAUUAAAAGA